UUCAUUAGGGUAUAUAUCGAUAAUAUCAUUAUCUUUAGCAAAAUAGAAGAAGAACAUCUUAAACACUUAUAUACUAUUUACAAAAUCUUUAACAAGGCCUAUAUCUAUAUUAGCGCUACCAAAUCCUUUAUAGAUUACCUAGCUAUAAGACUCCUUAGGUAUGUCAUAAAUAGAAAAGGCAUUACUAAAACCGACGACUAUAUUACUACCUUUAAGAAGCUAAAGUUUCUUGAUACUCUCGACAGCUUAGAGCAUUACCUCGGAAUGGCCGGAUAG